CCUCAAGUGACAUCACCUCCACCAUAUUUAAUGCAAUAUGCACAACAAUCUGCUUUCAACUUACUUUUCAUGUUUGCACCGCGCAGUAAAUGGACUGUGACGUGUACUGUAAAUGUGUGGCGCUUUCGUUGCUGAAUCGUAUUUCUUCAUCGUUUUCCCUCCCUAUUAUUGUCCCGAGUCCCGGUGCCUUUUUAUUCAGCCUCAGCCUGCAUCUCUCUCAAACACACACGCGCGUGCAACCAACUCACGCUCCGCCUUUAAUUCCGCCAACUCCAGGAUCAGCGCGCAUCAUCGCAGAGGGAGAAGGAUAGAGACCUAGUGGGAGUCAGUCCGUGUGCGCGACGGAGAGUUAACUACUGUCAAAGCCGAUUACAGCUUAUCGGGUGUGUGGUUCCGUCCCCGUGCCCCGCUCUUCUCCUUGUUAGGUGCCGUUUUUCUUUCCAGCGACGUGCAUGGAUUUAUUCUAGCGCUCGUGGGACGAUGAGUUGCUCCGCAGACGCGCUUCCCACCGCGCAGCAACUUUCCCGUGCGUCACGGCGCCGCUGAGCCGCGCGUCUCUCUUCUGGGAAACUUUACGCGCGUCCAUGGCGCCCACGGGCUCGCAGUGACAACUCCGGCUGCCUCCUCGCUCCCCAACCGCGCGGCGAGAUGCAGAAGAGCGUCCGCUACAACGAAGGGCACGCGCUGUUCCUGUCGGCGGUGGCGCGUAAAGAGGGCACCAAGCGCGGCUACCUGAGCAAGAAGACCGCGGAGAACAGCCGGUGGCACGACAAGUUCUUCGCCCUCUACCAGAACAUACUGUUCUACUUCGAGAACGAGCAGAGCGCGCGACCCGCCGGGAUUUACCUGUUGGAAGGAUGCACCUGCGAGCGCGUGCCGGCGCCCAAGAUGUCCACCGCGGGGAAGGAAGCGCUGGAGAAACAGCACUACUUCCUCGUGGUGUUUGGCCACGAUGGACAGAAGCCGCUGGAGCUGCGGACGGAGGAGGAGAGUGAGUGCGACGAAUGGGUGGAGGCCAUCCAGCAGGCCAGUUAUUCCGACAUCAUCAUCGAACGGGAGGUGCUGAUGCAGAAAUACAUCCACCUCAUACAGAUAGUGGAGACGGAGAAGGUGGCCGCCAAUCAGCUGCGCACCCAGCUGGAGGACCAGGACACGGAGAUCGAGAGGCUCAAAGCGGAGAUUAUAGCUUUGAACAAAACCAAGGAGCGAAUGCGGCCUUAUCACGUCCACCACGAACGCGAAGACCCGGACAUCAAAAGAUCAAGAAAGGUGCAGAGCUUCAUGCGCGGCUGGCUUUGUCGGAGGAAGUGGAAGAUCAUUGUUCAGGACUACAUCUGCUCGCCUCACGCCGAGAGCAUGAGAAAGAGGAACCAGAUCGUCUUCAACAUGGUGGAGGCCGAGACCGAGUACGUCCACCAGCUCUACAUCCUGGUCAACUGCUUCCUCAGACCUCUGCGUAUGGCGGCCAGCUCCAAGAAGCCGCCCAUCAGCCACGACGACGUCAGCAGCAUUUUCCUCAACAGCGAGACCAUCAUGUUCCUACACGAGAUUUUCCACCAAGGCCUGAAGGCGAGAAUAGCCAACUGGCCAACUCUGGUGCUGGCCGACCUGUUCGACAUCCUGCUGCCGAUGCUCAACAUCUACCAGGAGUUUGUGCGGAACCACCAGUACAGUCUGCAGGUUCUGGCCAACUGCAAACAGAACCGCGACUUCGACAAGCUGCUGAAGCAGUACGAGUCCAACGCGGCGUGCGAGGGCCGCAUGCUGGAGACCUUCCUCACGUACCCCAUGUUCCAGAUCCCCCGUUACAUCAUCACCCUGCACGAGCUGCUGGCUCACACGCCCCACGAGCACGUGGAGCGCAAGAGCCUGGAGUUCGCCAAGUCCAAACUAGAGGAGCUGUCCAGAGUGAUGCACGACGAAGUGAGCGACACGGAGAACAUCCGGAAGAACCUGGCCAUAGAGCGGAUGAUAGUGGAGGGCUGCGACAUCCUGCUCGACACCAGCCAGACCUUCGUCAGACAGGGCUCCCUGAUCCAGCUGCCGUCGGUGGAGCGCGGUAAGCUGAGCAAGGUCCGCCUGGGCUCCCUGUCCCUGAAGAAGGAGGGCGAGCGCCAGUGCUUCCUCUUCACCAAGCACUUCCUGGUCUGCACGCGCAGCUCCGGGGGGAAACUGCACCUGCUCAAGGUGAGAGCGUCAGCUCGGUGCUAGUUUCACCGGCGUCCG